AUGAAAGGCCAGGUGGCCAGCCUGGCCGAAAUCUACCGCGACUCUGAGAAGGUUGACCCACUUGUAUGCUGGGUGUGGAGCGGCUGCACCCCCACCGCGCGCACCAUGUCGAGUAGCACGACGUCCUACCGGGUGGCGGCUGCUGUGGGUGACCAAGUCUGCCAGGUCGGCGUGGGCGUGGCCGUCGCCCAAGACGUCAGCAUCGCCAUCCGAAGCGCAAUCAAGAAGGCCAAGGAGGCGGUGGCACCCGUGCGCAAGGGCUACUACUAUGGCAUUGACGGCGUCGGUCGGAUGGCGGCUGCCAUCCUCUACUUGGCCGGUAUUGAAGACGUUCACUACCACGUGGAAGGGCCGCGAGAUUCGAAGAUCAACCUCUUCGAGGCCAUCUUCGACGCCCUCAAGCAGCAGUACGGGCGGGUCCUGCCCUGUGAUUGGGCGGCGCCCGGCGCUGGCCCUGCUGUCGCCGCGACCCGAGCCGAUGACGAAGAUGACGAUGCGGAGAAUGAAGAUGAAGAGAAAGAGGAGACGACGGCAACGACGCGAGGCGGUGGCGAGGCGCAGGCGAAGGAUGAUGCACACGAGGUCGAGGGGGAGGAAAGUGAAGGUGAUGAGGAGGAACAGAACUGGGUGGAGGUGCACUACCCAAAGAGGAGGAGGAAGCCAAAGGCAAAGCCGCCACACAUCACCGACGCUGGUGAUGACGUGGUGGCGGUGGCGGUGGCAAAUAACAAAGCUGAGGCCCAAGCUCUGGCCGAGUGA